AUCUUGCCAUUGAGUCUCCGGACUUCGUCGCGAUCGGACGUACAGCGGAAUUCUUCGAGAGUCUUUUCCGUGCGGUUAGCCCAAUUAGUUUAUGGCGGAUAUAAAGUGUGAGCUCGCCUGAUCAUGGAGCUGAACAAUGUCACCAUCGAGGACGCCGCACAUGCGACCAAGUCCCACUCUCAAGCAUCUAACACGCCUCCAUGUAAUGAGAAACCCAAGCCGCAACUGCUCUACGCCAUCAACGACAAUCCCCCAUGGUACCUGAGCAUCUUCCUCGCAUUCCAGCACUACCUGACCAUGAUUGGAGCCAUCGUUUCCAUACCAUUCAUCCUGACGCCGGCUUUGUGCAUGUCCGACGAGGACGCCAACCGGGGCAUCAUCAUCUCUACGAUGAUCUUCGUCACGGGCAUCGUUACCUACUUCCAGGCCACGUGGGGCGUUCGUUUGCCCAUUGUCCAGGGCGGAACUAUAUCGUUCUUGGUGCCCACCCUAGCCAUUUUAGCUCUGCCGCAGUGGAAGUGCCCGGAGCAGGCCGUGAUGGAUUCCAUGGACGAGGCUGAGCGGGAGGAACUGUGGCAAGUGCGUAUGCGGGAGCUAUCCGGCGCCAUUGCCGUGUCCGCCAUGGUGCAGGUUAUCCUGGGCUACACUGGUCUGGUGGGGAAAAUCCUCAAGUAUGUAACUCCAUUGACCAUUGUACCCACUGUGUCCCUGGUGGGUCUUACGCUUUUCGAGCACGCAGCGGACACCGCCUCCAAGCAUUGGGGCAUUGCCGUGGGAACCACUGGUAUGCUGACACUCUUUUCGCAAAUAAUGUCGAAUGUGUCCGUGCCGAUCUUGGCCUACCGCAAGGGUCACGGCAUAGAGGUGCGCCAGUUCCAGUUGUUCCGCCUCUUUCCCGUCCUGCUCACGAUCAUGAUUAUGUGGGGUCUGUGCGGCAUUCUGACAGCCACGGAUGUCUUUCCUCCGUCACAUCCAUCCCGCACGGAUGUGCGCCUGAAUGUACUGACCAGUGCCAAGUGGUUCUAUGUGCCGUAUCCGGGACAGUUUGGCUGGCCAUCGGUGACGCUGUCCGGCGUGCUGGGCAUGUUGGCUGGAGUACUCGCCUGCACGGUGGAGUCACUUAGCUACUAUCCCACGGUGUCACAGAUGUCCGGCGCCCAUUCGCCUCCGCUGCAUGCGAUCAAUCGCGGUAUCGGUACCGAGGGAUUGGGCACUGUCCUCGCCGGCCUCUGGGGAGCGGGAAAUGGAACCAAUACCUUUGGAGAGAAUGUUGGCGCCAUCGGGGUCACCAAGAUUGGAUCGCGACGUGUAAUCCAGUGGGCUGCCCUGAUAAUGGUUCUCCAGGGGGUGAUUGGCAAGUUUGGAGCCAUCUUCAUACUCAUUCCCGACUCGGUGGUGGGAGGAAUCUUCUGCGUGAUGUUUGGCAUGAUUAUAGCCUUCGGGCUAUCCACCCUGCAGUAUGUGGAUCUGCGAUCGGCCAGGAAUCUUUACAUACUGGGGCUCUCCAUAUUUUUCCCGAUGGUACUGUGCCGCUGGAUGCAGAAGAACCCCGGAGCUAUAGACACCGGAAACAAGACCGUGGACUCCACGUUAUCGGUGCUUUUGGGCACAACAAUUCUUGUGGGCGGAGUUCUGGGCUGCUUGCUGGACAAUAUAAUCCCGGGAACGCCGGAGGAGAGGGGCCUCAUCGACUGGGCGAACGAGAUGCCCUUGGGCGAUGAUAAUGUUAAUGAUGGCACAGCCACCGACUACGAUUUUCCACUUGGCAUGGAUGCGAUUCGCCGCUGGAAGUGGACCUACUAUAUUCCGUUCAUGCCGACUUACAAGCUCCAGAAGCAAAGCUGAUCGUGUCUAUGCAAAUAAGAGCCAUUCAAUUGGUGAUUCGGUUUUUAUUUAGUUUUAGAAAACACUUUUCGUGCUCACGCUCUAAUUACAAUUUGAACUUCGAAUUCGGAUUCUACCCAAAA